AUGAGAUUAGCAGGUGCGGUUUACGAAGUCAUUAAGAUGUUCGACGACGAGAUACAAAAAGGCCCGCCACAAUUGGAUCACAACUUCACUCCAUUUGAUGCAGUCGGAGCGAGCAUUACCAGCAUGUCAAACCCAGUAUUCGAGACCCUCAAAGCUGGUGAGAUCGACAUUGAAGCCGUCCACGAAGCCAUGACAAGGCUGAAGGCUCGAUUUGAUGGAUCGGAAGAGAAGGCUGAAAUUUUGUCCUCUCUGUGCAAGCGAUGGAAGGCAGAGGUGCAAAAGAGGUACCCACCGCCAACAAGAAAAGUCUUGCCGCCGAGCGAUAUUGAAAUCGCGUCACUACAUGAAGAUGUUUCCACAGAAAACUAUUCUGUGGCGUCCGGCAAGCCGCUGAUCAGGUAUGGCCACUCUGUCGCUUACCAGAAUAAGAAUGAUGGAAGGGGAGACGGCGAACAACCCCGAUACCAAGCGAAAAUUCCCAAAGGCGGCGAUGAAGAAUUCUCCAUAUUCGCCAUGUGA